CGGAAGCCCUGGGAGCGCGUCUCAGGCGAGCGCGGGUCCCGGGUGUUCCCUGGCGGAGCCUUCUCUGCACGGAGCCGUAGGAGGCGAGUCUCGAGCCCCCUGAUCCGGCAGCGGCUGCCGGAGGCUCCCCUGCCUUAGCUCGGCUUUCAAAGCAGCAGGACCUUGUGGUAGCACUGUCUACCAGCCUGCUUUCUCCUUGCCACACUCUCUGGCUGCCCCCUAGGAAGUAGGGAUAGGCAGAAGGGAACUGAGCCGCGGCGCUAGGAUGGGAAACAGUGCCCUCCGCGCUCAUGUGGAAACAGCGCAGAAAACCGGUGUCUUUCAGCUUAAAGACCGUGGUCUGACCGAGUUCCCCUCAGAGUUGCAGAAGCUGACAAGCAAUCUAAGGACCAUCGAUUUGUCCAACAACAAGAUCGACAGCCUGCCGCCUUUGCUUAUAGGAAAGUUCGCUCUGCUGAAGAGCCUCUCCCUCAACAACAACAAACUGACUGUUCUACCCGAUGAAUUAUGUAAUCUGAAAAAACUAGAGACUCUAAGUCUAAACAACAAUCACCUGAGAGAGCUACCGUCCACCUUUGGGCAGCUUUCUGCCCUGAAGACCCUGAGCCUCUCUGGGAACCAGCUGGGAGCACUACCACCCCAACUUUGCGGCCUGCGGCAUCUGGAUGUAGUAGAUCUCUCUAAAAACCAGAUUCGGGGUAUACCCGACACAGUAGGGGAGCUACAGGCCAUCGAACUCAACCUCAACCAGAACCAGAUUUCUCAGAUCUCAGUGAGGAUCUCCUGCUGCCCACGCCUCAAAGUCCUGCGCCUGGAGGAGAACUGCCUCGAGCUCAGCAUGCUUCCACAGAGCAUCCUCAGCGACUCCCAGAUCUGCCUGCUCGCUGUGGAAGGCAAUCUCUUUGAAAUAAAGAAACUUCGAGAACUAGAGGGUUAUGAUAAGUACAUGGAGAGGUUCACAGCCACCAAGAAGAAGUUUGCAUGAUGUUCUACAGGACCAUGAGAACCCUAAAGGACACAGACUUGGAACCUCUGUUGGAAUCUGGCCGAGCUAAAGGCUCCUGAUGUGGGAGAUACUCCAGAUUACAUUUCAUUUAAUAACUUUUUGAUAAGCUAAAGGAGAGGACUUAGGAGGCAGGAAGAGCCUUUCAUUUUGAGCCAUGGGUAGGGCGAUGGCCAGCGCUGGUCUUCAAAACCAGCAUCUAAGAAACUGGCUCUAAGAAACCAGGAGGUAGUUGCUGUUCAUUGAGGGAAUGCUGCCUGGUAACAGGACGACUCCACACCACAGCUAGAGACUUUCUGGAGUUGUAGCGUGCCAGCUUUCAUAAAGUCAGUUACAUCACCUCUGUGUUAACACUUCAUUUUUUUUUUUUUUUUUUUUUUUUUUUUUUUUUUUGAUUUUUCGAGACAGGGUUUCUCUGUAGCUUUUUGGUUCCUGUCCUGGAACUAGCUCUUGUAGACCAGGUUGGCCUCGAACUCACAGAGAUCCGCCUGUCUCUGCCUCCCGAGUGCUGGGAUUAAAGGCGUGCGCCACCACCGCCCAGCCAACACUUCAUAUUUUUAUGAAAUUCUAAUUUGUGGGCAACUUGUAUGGUUAAGGAUUUAGGCUUUUGUUCCGUGCUUCCACUUGGAACUUGGGGUGUACAUAAAUAUGUAGCUAUCUUAAAGCAAGCUUUACCAAGAGGAGCACCAACCCCUCAGCCACCAAGGAAUGCUCCCCAAGGCUGCAGUAGCAAUUUUUUUUUUUUUACUAUUGUGGGUGCCUUAUUGGUAGGGGGCUCAGAAGUGCUAAAAGUAUAUGCAAAAAUUGUAAAAUUUUUGUUUUUUAGUCAAUUUAGGUUUUUGCUAUGUAGCCCAGGCUGCCCUCUGAAUUACAUUCUCCCUGCCUCUACCCCCUUAAGUACUGGGAUUACAGGCAUGCGCCUCACUAAGCCUACUUGUAAGAUUUUAAAUGAAUUUUAAUAAUCAAGAUUUUCCUAGAGCUUUACUAAAAAUCAUGUGUUAUUUCUGGUAAUUUCUCCCAUUUUUUUAUUUAUAACUACUAAUCAAAUUACCUUCAAGAAAACCAUUACUAUAGUAUUUUAAAAUAACCUAUGUUUAUCAUGGUUAUUCUCUGAAUGAGAGGAUAUACUAA